CUGCAAUGCAAUGAGUGAGCAAUUGACGAGCAGUGAGUCAAUGGGUGUGACAUCAAGUGAUUCACGACUUGUUGUCAAUUGAAUUCAAUUCAGUGAAGUUUGUUUCCUUUCAUUUGGUCGUCAACUCAGCCAUCAGUUGCACCACAAAUGGCCGGACGACUGCCAGCCAUCGUUAUCGACAACGGCACCGGGUACACCAAACUGGGUUACGCCGGCAAUCGUGAGCCGCAGUUCAUAAUCCCGUCGGCCAUCGCCAUCAAGGAGGCGCCCAAUGUUGGCGAUCAGGCCUCCAGACGACUCGCCAGAGGUAUCGAUGACCUCGACUUCUUCAUCGGUGAUGAGGCUCUCGACAAUCAGUCGGCGUAUACGGUGAAGUACCCAAUACGACACGGAAUAGUGGAGGACUGGGACCUAAUGGAGCGGUAUUGGGAACAGUGUAUAUUCAAGUACUUAAGGGCUGAGCCGGAAGACCACUACUUCCUGCUGACGGAACCGCCGCUCAAUACGCCUGAGAACCGCGAAUAUACGGCGGAAAUAAUGUUCGAGUCGUUCAAUGUUCCGGGUCUUUACAUCGCCGUACAGGCGGUGCUCGCGUUGGCCGCCUCGUGGACGUCGAGACAAGUGGGCGAACGAACCCUCACUGGGAUUGUCAUAGACUCCGGCGAUGGCGUCACUCAUUGCAUACCAGUGGCCGAGGGCUAUGUGAUCGGCAGUUGUAUUAAACACAUUCCCAUUGCCGGCCGUAAUAUCACUUAUUUCAUACAAAACCUGUUGCGGGAGCGAGAGAUGGGUAUUCCUCCGACACAGUCCUUAGAGACGGCCAAAGCCAUCAAAGAGCGCUUCUGUUACGUGUGUCCCGACAUCGCCAAAGAGUUCGAGAGGUAUGACUCGAAUCCCAGCAAAUGGAUUAAGAAGUUCGGCGCCAGGAAUGCCAUCACUAAACAGCCCUUUGAAGUGGACGUCGGUUUCGAGCGAUUCUUAGGGCCCGAAGUGUUCUUCAAUCCCGAGAUCGCGAACCCAGACUUCGUGACCCCUCUGUCGGAAACAGUGGACACAUGUAUUCAGAACUGUCCCAUCGAUGUGAGACGCCCUCUCUAUAAGAACAUUGUGUUAUCGGGCGGUUCGACAAUGUUUAAGGACUUCGACCGACGCCUACAGCGAGAUAUCCAGCGAAUAGUGAGCGGAAGACUUAAACUGAGUUAUUCAUUAAGUCAGGGGCGGCUCAACCCUAAGCCCAUCGAAGUACAGGUGGUCUCCCAUCACAUGCAACGGUAUGCCGUGUGGUUUGGGGGCAGUAUGUUGGCCUCGACCCCCGAGUUCUAUCCGGUGUGUCAUACGAAAGCACAGUAUGAGGAGUACGGCCCCAGUAUUUGUCGCCACAAUCCAGUGUUCGGAGCCAUGACUUAAUCCACACGACUGUAGUCACCAGUGGUUCUCCGAUUCCUCCUCUAAUUGUUUGGGAAAUCAUUUUAAACUGAAAUUCAAAAAAUGUUUUUUAAUUUUAAUAUUUAAUAAAUAAUGAUUAGAUUUCAAUAAAUACUUAUUUCUCUAUUAAAGCAAA